ACGCGCGCUGGCCUCAGAGCCGGACCGCUGCGUGCGUUGUUCUGCGCGCAUCUGGAGGAGGGUCUUGCCUGAGGAAGUGACCGACGGGGAGAAGGGCUGACCAGGACUCGUGACCGGAACGUUCGGGAAGAGUCUUCGGGAGCCCUUCACGUGGUGGCUGUGGACUGGAAGAGGCCGCCGCAAACAAAGCCAGCGCCUUUCCCGUCCCCUCCCCCACAGGAGUCGGGUGGAACAGACCAAGAGUGGGCGCUCGGUACGAGAUGAGGACAGAAGCGCGGCGAAAAAACCUUCUCAUUCUGAUGAUUCAUUAUUUAACGCAAGAAGGCUAUAUUGAUGCAGCCAAGGCUUUGGAAGAGGAAACUAACUUGGGAUUACAACGCUUUGAAGUCUGUGACAACAUUGACCUUGAAACUAUUUUGAUGGAAUAUGAAAGCUAUUAUUUUGUGAAAUUCCAGAAGUACCCCAAGAUGGUUAAGAAGGCAUCAGGCACAGCAGAAAGUAAUUUGCCACCAAGAAGUGGAGGAAAGAACAAAAGGGUGAUGAAUGACAGUUGUCAAAAUUUCCCCAAAAUCUAUCCGCAGAGACCACGACCUAAAAGCACAGCAGGGAAGCCAGGGGACGCCAAAUCUCUCAACAAGGAGCACCCUAAGCAGGACAGUGUCAAUAGUGCUCGUGUGGAGAGUACUGACUUCGGCUUAAACAUAUCAAAAAUUAACAAAGACAGUGGAGAGGAAAAGGCCCACCCACAAAGAGGACAAGUCGUUGACUUCCGAGGGCUGCUCACAGAUGCUAUCAAAGGAGCCACCAAUGAGCUUGCUUUGAACACCUUCAACUGUAACCCAGACCCCUCAGAACGGUUGCUGAAACCUCUUAGUGCAUUUAUUGGCAUGAACAGUGAGAUGCGAGAACUGGCAGCGGUGGUGAGCCGGGACAUUUAUCUCCACAAUCCAAACAUAAAGUGGGAUGACAUUAUUGGACUGGAUGCGGCCAAGCAGUUGGUCAAAGAAGCUGUUGUGUACCCCAUACGGUAUCCACAGCUGUUCACAGGAAUCCUCUCCCCCUGGAAAGGACUACUGCUUUAUGGCCCUCCAGGUACAGGAAAGACUUUACUGGCCAAGGCUGUGGCCACCGAAUGCAAAACGACCUUCUUUAACAUUUCUGCGUCCACUAUUGUCAGCAAAUGGAGAGGAGAUUCAGAAAAACUUGUUCGGGUGCUGUUUGAGCUGGCCCGCUAUCACGCCCCCUCCACGAUCUUCCUGGAUGAGCUGGAGUCUGUGAUGAGUCAGAGAGGCACAGCCCCCGGGGGGGAACAUGAAGGGAGCCUUCGGAUGAAGACGGAGUUACUGGUGCAGAUGGAUGGGCUGGCUCGCUCCGAAGAUCUCGUGUUUGUCUUAGCAGCCUCUAACCUGCCAUGGGAGCUGGACUACGCCAUGCUACGGCGCCUGGAGAAGCGGAUUCUGGUUGAUCUCCCUAGCCAAGGGGCCAGGCAGGCCAUGAUCCACCACUGGCUGCCCCCCGUGAGCCAGAGCCAGGCCGUGGAGCUGCGCACAGAGCUGGAGUACGACGUGCUGAGCAAGGAGACAGAAGGCUACUCAGGCUCAGACAUUAAAUUAGUCUGCAGGGAGGCAGCCAUGCGGCCUGUGAGGAAGAUCUUCAGUGUUCUUGAAAAUCACCAGUCAGACAGCAGCCAUUUGCCUGGGAUCCAGCUGGACACAGUGACCACGGCUGACUUUUUGGACGUGCUGGCUCACACCAAGCCUUCGGUGAAGAACCUGACUCAGAGAUACUCAGCCUGGCAAAAGGAGUUCGAGUCUGUUUAAAAUCACACUUAACCUCCUAGGGCUAAUUAGCAAAAGUGAGAACUUUGAGACCGGAACAGAAAAGAUAAAGCUAUUCUUGGACACCAGGCUUAUUUGGACAACUAUAUUAAUUUGGAAACAAGAAAUCCUUAUAUCAAAUGUAUAUCAUUAAAUGUUAGCAAAACUU